AUGGAACAACCGAGAGACUCUCAUUGGAAUGCUUUAAAACAUACCCUGAACUAUGUGCAUUCAACAUGUGGACAAGGAAAAAUCCUCAAUGCCACUGACGAACUCACAUUGCAAGCAUUCUCAGACAGUGGUUGGGGCUCCUGCUUAAACUCUAGGAGAUCAGUAACUUGUUAUGUCUUACUCUUAGGAAAGUCCUCUAUUUCAUGGAAAUCCAAAAAACAAGGCACUGUCUCUAGAUCCAGCUCUGAAGCUAAAUACAGAGCAAUGGUUGCUGCAGCAACAAAUAGUUGGAUAAAUAACUCGUAUGAAGAGGACUUUUUUACGUUAUCGCCAACAGUAUGCAAACGUCUAAUCUGGAUUUAUUUUCUUAAACACAAAUCUGAGGUAUUUAAAGUGUUUGUCGAUUUUUAUCACAUGAUUUGCACCCAAUUCCAAACCCCAAUCCGUAUCUUGAGAACUGAUAAUGGCCGUGAAUAUGUUAACACUGAGAUGCACCAAUUCUUUACUAGUAAAGGCAUUAUUCACCAAACUUCGUGUCCAGAUACACCCAACAAAAUGGUGUCGCUGAACGGAAAAACAGAACCUUACUAG